AUGUCCUUUGAAGAUUUGAAGUUUGUCGCUAACGCUUGUCUUUUCUACACACCCCUGAAUCUCCACCCAUUGUCUCUUACCUCAGAUAUAUCAGUCAGCCUCCUCUCGGUGAUUGUAACAUUCUGUGGCAUCGUUCUCCUGGGCGUCUCACUCUUUGUCUCCUGGAAGCUCUGCUGGAUCCCAUGGCGGGACAAAGGCAUGAAUCCCCAGCGCAAGGACUCGCACCACCUGCACCACCACUCGCACUUCACCGACCUUGCUGUUGAGCGGGUCGACUGUGGACCAGAGAUGCCCGAGCGCUCCUACCUCGACCUGGAGUCGUACCCUGAGUCCAGCAUCAAACUGAGCCAGACGUCGCCUGAUAUCCCGGUGGACACGAACUCUGGGACUAAGGAGAACAGCCUCCCGAACGCACACUCCCACCAACAGGUGUCCGCCCUGCCACCAGCAACAAGGUUCAACUCGCUCCCGAGGCCGAUCCCACAGCAAUUGUCCAGCCCGGACUUUGGGAGCCAGACUGAUGAGAAGGUGGAGCAGGUGACCAGCAUUGGCCAGAUCAAACCGGAACUCUACAAGCAGAGGUCCAUCGACACGGAGGCAAAGAAGCACCAGAAGGUGAACUGCGGACGGAUAAACUUCCUGCUGAAGUACACGUACGCCACGGAGCAACUGGUGGUCAAAGUCCUAAAGGCCCUUGAUCUGCCAGCCAAAGAUGCCAAUGGAUUCUCUGACCCUUAUGUGAAGAUUUACCUGCUCCCUGACCGCAAGAAGAAGUUCCAGACCAAGGUGCACCGCAAGACGUUGAACCCAGUGUUCAAUGAGACCUUUCAAUUCAACGUCCCGUUUAAUGAGCUGCAGAACCGCAAGCUCCACUUCAGCAUCUAUGACUUUGACCGUUUCUCCCGUCACGACUUGAUCGGGCAAGUGGUGCUGGACAACCUGCUGGAAUUCUCUGACCUUUCCGAGGGAACACCCAUGUGGCGGGACAUCUUGGAAGCGACAUCGGAGAAAGCUGAUCUGGGUGAGAUAAACUUCUCGUUGUGCUAUCUCCCGACGGCAGGCAGACUCACAAUCACCAUUAUCAAAGCUACCAAUCUAAAGGCGAUGGAUUUAACCGGAUUUUCAGAUCCCUAUGUGAAAGCUUCACUGAUCUGCGAGGGGAGGCGUCUGAAGAAGCGGAAGACGUCGAUAAAAAAGAAUACAUUGAACCCAGUAUACAAUGAAGCCCUGGUGUUUGACAUUCCCAAUGAGAACAUGGACCACGUCAAUGUCAUCAUUGCCGUCAUGGACUACGACUGGUGA